AUUUAAAUAAAUCAAUCACGCAAUCAAUCAUUAAUCAAUCUAUCAAUCAAUAACGGGCAUACAAAUAAAGGUUAACCUAAAUCAGAAUUAGACAAUUCUUAUUUAGCCUACCUUCAGGCAAUGAAGAUUAAACCAGUUUAAAUGCCUGGAAAACAUUGAAGAGAUCAUUUAAAUACAUUAGCCCAGCCUCCUAGACACGCUUGCUUUUUGUCUUUGUGCUGAAUAUGAACCAAUGAAGCCUGGCUGUGGUGACAUCUUCCUAUAUUGUGGUCAGAAGUUGACGGGGUGGUGCAUGAAUUGCUGGUGCGAAUUUAAUCACACUGAGACUUGAGACAAGAAGUGAUCUCUUUGUAAUGGGUAAGAAUUCUCUUUUUUAAAAAUCACGUUUCAUAUUCUUUACUGGUGCCUACUGUUACAACUAUCCCACAAAUGUAGUUGAUGUACACAUUUGAAAAGAAUAUGCAUGUUCUUUUUAUUGUGACCUAUACCUUAUCUUUUGUUAAAUGUGAAAGAUUAUAUUUGUACCUCGAUAGUAAAUCUGUAAAUCUCGUAUAAGCCUCUGGGUAGGUGGUUUUCUAAAUAAUAGUUACAUUGCUUAAACAUGGAAUAAGAUCCAAAAGUUAGUCUUGCAUUAAUUCCUGAAAUGGAGAAGUCAUUUACUAUUGAAAGCAGAAUUGAAGGUUCACGGCACAGGAAACAAGCAAAUUCAAAAGAGAAGCACAUCAGUUUCACAGACAUAUGAUAUUACUGCAGAUGGUGUGUAGAAAACUAUUGAUAAACCUUGCUUACAUUUAUUUUGGGAACUGCAAUAUUUCAUGCUGAAGACCCUUAACCUUGCAUUUUAUGUUUAAAGCUCUCUUUCUGUCAAUCUUAAUUAAAUAGUUUCUCACUUCUAAAGAAACUAGGUUGGUAUCCAUAACAUAUUGAUCAAUAUGAAUUGAGAAGAAGAAUCAAAAUGUGCAUGUUUGUGUGAAAAGUGAAUUAAAUCUCUUCCCCUGUGCGGUAACACAGGAGUGUAUGCUGGCUCGAUAGCAGGAAGUGGGUUUUGUUACCCGUGGUUUUGAAACAGUUGAUAGUUUUGUUCAAUAUUUAUCAACAGGACAGAUCGACAUGGCUUGACAUUAAAAUGGUCGUAAAACAGAAGGGAUAAAUGUAUGUUUUAUCAUGCCAAAUAAAAUAACAAUGAUAUCUCAUUAACUUUAAACAGCUAAACAAGCAACCCCAGUUGUUUGAAGGGAGUUGCUCUUUUGUAGCUUUAUUGCUAUUUACAUACAGCAAUAUAGCUACAAAUGUAUGCAUAUAUAUACAGUAUAUAUAAUAUUAGUGUUGUGUGUUUGCGUCUCAUGUCUAGAGUCUGAAGAGGUGCAGAGUGAUGUCUCCCAGGAGCCAGUAGCCAGUGAGGUCCACAGAAAGACUGGGAGCCAGGACGCCCCGGAGUUAACGAUGGAUGAAUCCAGCGCUCAGUGUGAAGCGGGUGCCAGGCAAGACAAAGGUGCUGAGGUGGGGGAGAAGUCCUUUGUGUCGAACCUGCACGGUUUCAUGAAGGAGAGAGGAACGGCCAUAGAGAGGAUCCCCCACUUGGGCUUCAAGCAGAUCAACCUUUGGAAGAUAUAUAAAGCUGUUGGGAAUCUUGGAGGUUAUGACUCAGUGACCGCACGGCGUCUGUGGAAGAGCGUCUACGACGACCUGGGAGGGAGUCCCGGCAGUACCAGCGCAGCCACCUGUACCCGCAGGCACUACGAGAGGCUGGUUCUGCCGUUCGACAGACACCUGAGAGGAGAGAAAGACAAGCCUCUGCCGCAGGGUAAACCCCGGAAACAGUACCGGAGGAACAUGGAGAAGGCCGGCAAAGAACGAGGGAAGAGGAAGACUGUCCGUAUGGAGAAGGAGCUCCGUGAGGCUCAGAGGAUAACCAAAGCUACAGUGCAAGUUGAGGCUGGAACUCAGGCAUAUGCAGCUCCAUGGCCCAUCUCCAGACCCCUGCUGAGCUGCCCGCAGACCAACCGAGAGCCUGCCGUCGUUUGUACUGCGGCUUACGACGGCUCCAGAUCACUCUGCGUCCCGCUUCCUGCGUCACAACCGUUGAGCGAUCACAUGGUCUCUCCUCCUGGCAUGGGCCUCUCUCCCCUGGAGAAGAAGAAAAGGAUGGCCCAGGCCAGCCUCAGCCAGCCUUCACACCUCCAGGACGAUGAUAAAGACAGGCCCAGCGUCAUCCACCGCCCCCUGCCUCAGGCCACGCAGCUUCCCGCUCCCAAGUGCACCUCCUUGGAGGACUCUCCGAGGCCUGUGUCCACCUCUUCUUCCCGCUGCUCCUCCCCUCACUCCUCCCUCUCCUCGGAGGACCUUCCAGCAGCCGCUGGAGGGAAGCCUGAACCAAACGGAGCAACGCCACGGCAAUACGUGACGCUGGUCAGUGGCAGGAGUCGCUUGGUUGCGGACAAUAAGUUCUGUAGUGCAAUCACCAAAGGACAAGUCAUUCCUUUCCCUGGCACCCAAUUACUGAAAGCGGACGCCAUCGGAAAUGAGAACAAAGACUCUGUAUGGAGAGCUGUCCCAAAGGUCAGUGGAAGAGAGUCUGCUCGCACUUGCCCAAAGGCGACAUCUUCCUCCUAUUUCGGCGUUCACACAAACUGGCCGCCGGCACCUAACUCAAGUUUCACCAAAGUCCUUCCAAAACCAGCACAACCUCUCAAACCAACUCCUCUCCCGCGUGGUUAUAAAAUCGACCACGGUUGGCCGACGCAGCCGCACGAUCAGUCGGUAAAGAAGCGACAUCACCUCCCUCCCUGGAUCUAUCAGACGUCGGAGAGGAGAGACAAAUCUAAGCGGUUUCUUACUAGCGAGCCUCGGCCCCUUCACAGUGGCAGCCAGCCCCCUCCGUCCUACCUCUUCACAGACUAUGGCAGGGCGGUCAGAGACAGUAUGCCUCAACCACCCCCCCUCCAAGCGUUUCUGCCAGAGAGAAUGAGGACGGCGCACUCCCAGCCUCUAUACCACCAUGCCCCGGUAGGGCUGAGUCACCCAGCCCACUUCUACUCUUACCCUUCUUACUACCUCUCUGCAUGGAGCGACCAGAGUGAAUACGCGCGAGCGGGGGUUUCUCCUCAGUCCGUUUAUCCUCGUAAACUUUGAUACUGUGCAGAAGAAGAAAGAGAAGAAAGAGAAGUAGAAGAAGAAGAGGGUUAAGUGGAAAGAGGGUUAACAUAGGUUCCUAUAGGUUGAUUAUGAGUCUACCUCUUUAACUGAAAAUGUGUUCUUUCUUGUGUGUUUGCUGCAAUAAUUUUGUUGAGGACAAUGAGUACAGUAAUAAUACAGUAAUACAUGAGGCAUAUUGGCCGACUGAAUAUUAGGAAUUUGUUAAAUAUCCCUAUUUGAAAUGUGAGUUGAAUUGCAUUUGAAAUUAUAAUGUCAAUGUCUGCUUAAUGCCCACAUUAAAACCCAAUAAUUAUUUUGAUGAUGUCAGCAUUCAUGAAUGGAAACUGGGGUUUGCAACUCAUCUUAAAAUAUAUUUCUUGGCGAUAUCAUCUUCUGCUUUCUAGUUCCAAACAUCACGUCCAGGCACAAUGAUUUCCCUUCUGUUUAAAUUGUUCAGAAACCAAACCACCAGUAAUAAAAAUGGCAAAAUCCUCUAUGAGUCAAUCGAUGUUCUAUUCUCAUAGUAUGAGAGCCUAGACUAGACUUCAUGUUAUCUUUGAAUUAUUAGAUCAGAUUGGUGACAGUAAGCACACAAAUGAAUUGGUUGAUGAGUUGAUUGUGAAUGAUCCAAUGUGUAGGCAUAUAGAGUAACAUACCUUUAUUUAAUUUUAGUCAAGCACACACGUUUAAUAUUAUAUAUUGCUGAUAACCACUUAAACUAGAAAUGUUGAAAAGUAUGAAAAUAUAUGACAAGUUAAGGAAUGUAUGGAUUUAUACU